AUGGCCCGCGUCGGCCUCCUCGCUCUGCUCACUCUCACGGCCUACGGCCUCCGGUCGCCAGCACCACCGCAUCCGCGACACAACAAACGAGCCGCGGCCCACGUGUGCGGCGCGUCGCGCGCCGGCGUGGACGUGGGCGGCGCCGUCGCGGCGCUCGCGGCGGCGGCGGCGCUGACCUUGGGCGGGCCGGCCGUCGCGGAGAACGAGCUGGCGGCGUUGGGCGCCAAGGGCUUCGACUCGUCGCUCGUCGACACGUCGUGCUUCGCCGAGGGCGGCGCGUGCGGCGCGGCGGCCAAGGCGUGCCUCAACACGGGCGACUGCCGGCGCGGCAUGACGUGCACGGCCAAGUGCCUCGGGGACAACGCCUGCAUCACGGGGUGCUUCGCCAAGUACGGGAACGCGCCGAUGAACGACCUGCUCGAGUGCUCGAUCGAGAAGAACUCGUGCAUCAAGGUGGCCAUCCUGCCGACGGGGCCCGACUCGGCGACCGAGGCCCCCGCGCCGCCCCUCGUCCCCGUGGCCAACUUCGACCAGAAGACGCUGGAGGGCACGUGGUACAAGGUCAUGGGCUGGAACGACCGCUACGACUGCUUCGACUGCCAGAAGAACUCGUUCGCGUCCGCGGGCCGCGACAAGCUCGCCGUCGACGUCGAGUUCUCCAUGCCGCGGCCGCCCGCGGGGGCCUACCCCCUGCGCCUGAGCGAGAAGCUCGUCUUCGACCAGAGGAGCGCGCCCGGCGCGCUCCUCGGCGACGGCGCCGCCGCGCCGCGCCGCCACGCGCGGACCGAGGGCCACAUGUUCGGCCUCACCUUCUGGGAGAAUUGGUCCGUCAUCGGCGAGAACGCUAAAGACGAGCCCGAGUUCAAGUUCAUCCACUACAGCGGCAAAACGUCGCAGAACACGUACGAGGGCGCCUUCGUCUACGCGCGCGAGCCGACGCUCCCCCCCGCGGCCAAAAAGUCCGUCUACCGCAUCGCCAAGGAGGCCGGCAUGGUCCCCGCCAACUUCUGCGCCGUCCGCAACGACCUCGCGACCUGCGGCGCAGACGCGGCCGCGGCCGACGAGGCGCCCCCGCUCCCCGAGGCGCUCGCCCGCAAGGGCCUCUUCACGCGCGCGGCCUUCGCCUCCGAGGUCGACGAGACGGGCCUCGCCAGCGACAGAAAACCGGACCCGGUCCUCCCGAAAUGGGUCAGGACCGUCGGCGAGGAGGUCGCCUCCUACCUCGAGGACCCCCACGCGACCGAGCGCUGGCUCAGCCCGACGCACGUCGAAGGCGUCGUGUCCAAGUGGCUGGUGAGCGAGGGCGACGCCGUCGAGGCCUGCGACCUCGUCGCGCACCUCGACGCCGACGACGUCUACGACGGCUCCGACCUGACGGGCCGCGUGACGAUGCUGCUGGAGACGCACGACGACGGCGUGGUCGCGGAGUUGCUGGUUAACGAGGGCGAGCCGCGGCCCGCGGGCGCGCCGAUCGCGCUCAUCGCCGAGGACGCGGCCGGCGUCGACGCGCUCAAGGCCGCGUACCGCGACUGCCCGGACGGCGCGGACGCGGACGCCGUCGCGUCGCAGCUCGGCGCGCGCCUGAUGGCGUGGCAGGCGUACCUCCACGACGCUAAUGAGGGUUCCUAG